UUUUUUUGAGCAACAAAGCGGCACAAUCGAAAGGGAGAAGGAAAAAAAAAAAACACUGUCGAGGAUACAAUCGAAGGGAGGCGGUUAGGUUAUGGAAGAGGAGAAAGCGGCGGCGUACUACGACGAGCUCACGCGCAAAGGCGAAGGAGCAGCUCGUUUCAAGCAAGGCCUCGGCUUUUCCUCCGGGAACGACGCGGUUCCGGAGAGAAGCUCAGCGAUCGCAUCCUCCUCUUCUUUUCUCAACCAGUUCGUCAAAGCUUCUUCCAACCCUAAACUCACCGAGAACGAUUCUGAUAUCCGAUCUAUCAGAGAUAAGUUGAAGAAGAAGAAUAAACCUGAAGAUCAGCAUCACUCUAGGGUUUCCGAGAAGAGCUACAGAGAAUCGAGCGAUCGGCGUCGUUAUCGGAGUAGAGAGAGGGAUGAGAGACGUAGGGGGUAUGGGGACAGAGAGAGACGGAGGCGGAGGAGCAGGAGCCGGAGUAGGAGUUCGUCGCCGAGGAGGGAACGAAGGAGGAGCGAAGAUGAUAGAAGAGCAAGGAGGAGAGAAGAUGCCAAGGAGAAGAUUGAUUACUCGCGCUUAAUCAAAGGCUACGAUGAUAUGUCAGCUUCUGAAAAAGUGAAGGCCAAGAUGAAGCUCCAGCUUGAUGAAACUGCUGAGAAAGAUACCACUAAGGGUGCAGGAUGGGAACGAUUUGAUUUUGACAAAGAUGCUCCACUUGAUGAUGAGGAAGUAGAAGGUACGGAUGAUGACGCUGCCUUAGUGAAACGCAUGGGACAGAGCUUUAGGUUUAACGCCGUCGAGUCGAGAAGGGAAGAGCAACUUAAAGAUGCCCACGAUGAAGCCAUGUUUGGAGCACCCACAGGUCAAACUCUUAUUGGUAACAACGAGGAUGAUGUUACAGAGACAACUAAUGUGGAGGACAUUGAAGGAGAAAACAACAGUGGCGCCGUAAGUCUUGUUAGCGAAAAGGUACUUGCAAAACAGCAAGGAUCUUGGCGUGACCGAGCUCGCAAGUCAUGAAUCCCAGUGAAAGUCAAGAAACACUUUAGUAGUUUAUAGAUGAGUUGGUCCUCUGUAUUGUUGAAUUUCUCUUAUUUAAUAGAAAUUUUGUUGAUGUGAUUAAAGAGGAUUUUAUUUGAAACUUCGAAACUACUUCCUGUCUU